AAAAUUUGAUUCAAUUAAUAAUUAUCUUACUUGUAUAAUAGUAAAUUGGAAAAGAUCUCAUAUAUAUAAAUACAAAUAAAUUAGGUACGAAAAAGGACUAAUAAGAGUCAAGCGCAGAUUCGACGCAACAAACUUGUUUAUAAAUUCUUUUUUAAUUUUCAGAACAUUUCAAUUUUCUUUCUUUAGAUUAUUUUCAGCAGAUUGACUUACAUUUAGACCUUAGGUAUAUAUAUAUAUAUAUAUAAACAAUACAAAAUAAUACACAAUGGUUAUAACGAUACUUUACAAUCCUCAGUACUGUGUAUAGUUGAGAGGUGAGAACCAUCUUUUAGAUAUAAUUUAUAUUAUCGCAGAAUUAAUAUUCAACAAUUAAAAUGAAUGUGUCACAAAACAUGAACGAAACAAUCAUCAACGAAUUCUUUAAAAUGGUACUUCGGACAGAGCUUUGCGAUGAAACGAUUAACGUGCUUUGUGUAGAAGAUAAAAACUCCAACAUCGUAAUGGGAACCAAUUUUUUAAGUAAUUUCUUCAAAGUGAAAAUUGUCUAUACAAUUUUAUCUAAAAUUGAUAAGAAAUUGUCGAUGCAAAUUGCUAAUAUUGUCAUCAAAUCAGAGCCUAAAAACGGCAUGCAGUUGACAAUGGUUCGCGAGCAGAAUAUGUUUAUACGCGAAUUAACGAUGCUAAAGGAAACUCUGCCAAAGAUCGAGAAGCUCGUGCAUAAGCAAUUAGGACCGAAACUGUGGUUCGGAUCGUCAGAAUGCAGAAUUCUCGUUAUGGAGAAUCUAUCAGAAAAAGGAUUCAUUAUGAAGGAUCGGCAAAAAGGACUGUCAAUGGCGCAUUGUCUUCUUGUGAUUGAGCAAUUAGCCAAAUUGCAUGCCGGUUCCGUAGCAUUACACGAAAAGGAACCUAAGUUGAUCGAGUCAUUUAAAACUGGCGGAAUUUUAUCUGCGACUUGUCCGGAGAGUUAUAUGCGAUUGUUGGAAGUGUCUUUAUUAAAUAUGAGCAAAGCGAUUCAAGGUUGGGCUGAUCAGAAGUAUAAUGCACGUAUUGCAACUAAAUUAGAUAAAUUGGCCAAGACGAUUAGAGAUAGAUGUGCGGUCGUGUACAAAUACGAACCUAAUGAAUUUUGUGUUCUAAAUCAUGGUGAUUGUUGGACUAACAAUAUAAUGUUCCAAGAAAACGAUAAUGGAAAAGUCAGUAAUGUUUUAAUGGUCGACUAUCAAAUGUCCGUUUACUCAUCUCCAGCUAUUGAUUUGCAUUAUUUUUUAAAUAUCUGUCCGCAAACCGAAAUAAAAAAUGAGAAUGAUGAUUUCUUAUUAAAUUUAUACUUGAAAACUUUGACGAAUACAAUGACUUCGAUAGGCUGUACUACGAAAGCGCCUACGAUGAAAAAUUUAAAGGCAGCCCUGCAUAAGAGACGAAUAUACGCUGUGUUUGCAGGUGUUGUACUUGCCUUUAGAAUGAUGGCAGAUGUAAAAGACACUGAAGAUUUCGAGACCGUGCUGAAGCAAUUGCAAGGAGAGACGAAAAUGGACGUAUUUAAAAAUCCAGAUGCUGUAAUAUUAGCUCAAAAGAUAAUUCCUAUUAUGGAUCAAAGACAUUAUUUCGAUUAAUGUAAUAUAUUCAAUUAUUUUUAACAUAUGUAAUUUUUUCUUUUCUAUAUGUUGUUUUACUAUAUGUUAAUAACUAUUUUGAUAAACAUCUAUUUUUUAUCUGCAUUAAACAAAGGAUAAAUGUAGCAUAUAUGUAGCAUGAAAUGUUUAAAUUUUAAGGACAUAACAUCUUUUAUUUUCUUGCGUAUUCAUGUGUUGUAAAUAAUAAGUGUGUCGGGUUUUAAUUAUUUUCCUUCUCAUCUGUUAACAUCGAUUUGCAUCGUUGAAAUUUGAAUUCCAGGAUACGUUAAUUUAUCAAAAUUCUUAUUAAUUCUCUCAACAUAUGCAUUCUGUCUACCAACUAGAAUGUAACACAAUUUGAAGAUAUUAGCGACGCAUA